AUGAAGCUGAGAAAAUCAGUUCUUUUCUUGCUGAUGACUGCGGUUCUUGCUUCUAUUGUUCUUUACACUAAUAAUCUUGGAACCUAUUACACUUCACCUUCUUCUAGGAAUGAAUUUCUUGAAGAAGUUUCAUCCUUUACAUUUGGUGGUGAAAUCAGUCAUUUAAAUAUACUACCUCAGGAGUCAUCUGCAAUACUGAAAGAACCAUUGGGGAAUAUUUAUUCUGAUAAUUCAAUUCAGUCUGUCUUAAAUUAUUCUGAUGAUUCGAUCCGGGAUAAUUCGCGGAUCACAAGACAACUCACUGAAGAAUCAUUGAGCACCAGUGAUGGCAACAAGCAAGCUGUGGACAGGAAUCCGAUACAACUGGUGACUGACACGGUGCAUGAAGCUCGGACUGAUAGAGGAAGUUCGAAGAAAAAUGAAUUAGUUGGGGGAAAGGGAAGUGAUGGAGCAAAAAUUGAUCCCGAGAAAGAAAAUAAUUCACAAAAUUCCGAGCACAUAUUGGGCAAUUCCUCUGGAGGAAAGGAAGUAAAACACGUGCAACAUUCUUCCCGAAGGUCUACCAAAGAUAGUAGAAGAGAACGAGGGAAGACUACGACUGAAAAAGAGAAUGAACCAACCGUUUUACUGGAUGCACGUGUUCGUCAUCUUAAGGAUCAGCUCAUUAGAGCAAAGGUUUAUCUUUCCCUAGCUGCCACUCGAAACAAUCCCCAUUUUAUAAGAGAGCUCCGUUUGCGUAUGAAGGAAGUCCUACGAGCAAUUGGGGAUGCCACCAAGGAUUCCGAGCUACCAAAAAAUGCCAACGAGAGGUUAAAAGCAAUGGAGCAAACUUUGGCGAAAGGGAAGCAAAUACUAGAUGAUUGUGCUGCUGUGGUAAAGAAGCUACGUGCAAUGCUUCAUUCGUCCGAAGAGCAACUCCAAGCUCACAAGAAGCAGACCUUGUUUUUGACGCAUUUAACUGCCAAAACAGUUCCUAAAGGACUUCACUGUCUUCCUUUGCGCCUAUCAACAGAGUUUUUCAUGUUAAAUUCUUCUCGACGGCAUUUUCCGAAUGAAGAAAAAUUAUUACAUCCCAAGCUAUACCAUUAUGCCCUAUUUUCAGAUAAUAUAUUGGCGGCAGCAGUUGUCGUAAACUCGACAAUAACUCAUGCAAAGGAUCCUUCAAAUCAUGUGUUCCACAUCGUCACUGACAGGCUCAACUACGCUGCAAUGAAGAUGUGGUUUUUGGAAAAUCCACCGGGCAAAGCUACAAUACAGGUUCAGAAUGUUGAGGAAUUUACAUGGUUGAAUUCGAGUUACAGUCCAGUUCUUAAACAGUUGGGUUCUUCGUCCAUGAUUGAUUAUUACUUCAAGAGUCGUCGUGUUGAAUCCGAUCCGAACUUGAAAUUCAGAAAUCCCAAGUACCUCUCUAUCAUGAAUCAUCUCCGUUUUUACCUCCCACAGAUCUUUCCGAAGCUCAACAAGGUAUUGUUCUUAGAUGAUGAUAUUGUCGUCCAAAAGGAUCUCACGGCUCUUUGGUCACUUGAUCUAAAGGGGAAGGUGAUUGGGGUGGUUGAGACGUGUAGAGAAAGCUUUCAUCGCUUUGAUCGUUACCUCAACUUUUCAAAUCCUCUUAUUUCGAAAACUUUUGAUCCUCAUGCUUGUGGUUGGGCAUUUGGAAUGAAUAUUUUUGAUCUGAAGGAGUGGAGGAAGCAGAAUAUCACGGACGUGUACCACAGAUGGCAAAAUCUGAAUUGCGACAGACAUUUAUGGAAAUUGGGAACUCUGCCACCUGGUUUGAUAACCUUUUGGAAUCAUACUUUCACUCUUGAUAAAUCUUGGCACGUCUUGGGGCUUGGUUAUAAUCCAAAUGUGCCUCACAAGGAAAUCGAGCGGGCAGCCGUCAUACAUUACAAUGGCAACUUGAAACCAUGGCUCGAGAUCAGCAUAUCAAAAUUUCGAAACUAUUGGGCAAAAUAUGUCGACUACAAUCACCUAUAUUUGCGAGAGUGCAACAUCAAUCCAUAA